ACACUGGAAGUGCACAGAACACAACUACUCCCAAACCCACUCGAACCAGCUCUCCCAUCGUCCCAUCGCCCCGUCCCGUCGCCUCGCGAUCCCUCGUGGCGGACCAGAUAGAGCCGACGCCAUUCUACCGUAAACAACUUCUAGCCAGCUUCGCCUUACAAUCCGAUCGUCAUCGCCAUUACCGCGCACGUUUCCGUCAAUUUCAAUUCCUCGCACCAGAAAACCGGCGCUUCCCAACUUCACGUAUCCACUCUCCUGUUUUCCGGCCGCUUCUUUACCAGUUGUCUUCAUUGUCGCAUCGCAUCGCCGUUCGUCGCCUCUCGUCGCCGUUCGUCGCCUCUCGUCGCCAUCAUCAUGGCCCGCCUGCUCGCGAUUUCGCUGCUCGGCGCGCUCAGCUGCGUGCUGCUUCUCGCGUCGCAGGGCGCCGUCGCCACGCGCGUCGCACCCACUUCAACGAACCCUCACGCGCCGUCGCAAUUCGUCGCGAACAUUCGCCGGCAGCUGCUGUUCGGCCGCAUCAAUUGCGGCAAAUCGGGCCUCAAGGGGUACACCUCCAAGGCCGCAUUGACCUCCGGCCUCACCCUUCACUGGAAGGCCACCCUGGGCAAGACAGUGAACAUGGCGGUCGUCGCAACCGGAGCCAAGGCAGCGGGGUGGUUCUCCGUGGGAUUCUCGCCCAAUGGCGGAAUGGCGGGCAGCAACGUCGUCGCCACUGACUCUUCGGGCAGCCCGGUGACGAAAGAUCUCGUUGGCCAGUCGUCCGCGGAAGACGCGACGUGGACCGUUGGAUCGGGCUCGAUCACCACGGCGGGCAGCACAGUCACCAUGAAGUUCACCAAGCUGAAGGGCGAUGGGGCAUCCGUGAAGGUGCACUCCCAAAACGACAACAACAUCGUGUGGGCGUAUGGCGAUGGGGACACCGUCUCGAUGCACAACGGACGUGGAAAAGCAUCUAUCAACUUUGCAUGCGGCUGCCCUCUGUUCCAGAGCAAGUGCUAAGCAGAUCUUCAGAAGUCAUCCCGUGCAGACUGCUGCUGGCUGGGCCCUACAGCUGAACAAUUACUACACUGGGGCUAGAGAUCGGAACAACCUCGUUGUAAUACUUCGGGGGUGGGGUUGAAGGGGGCUCUCCUAGCUGGUAGAUGGUAAUGAGCUUGAGGGGCCGCCUCAAGAAGCGUCCAAAGUGGUAAUUGGCAUGCUCAAAGAUUGGUGGGAUUUGAGCACGAAUCAGUACUUUGGACGCACCUUGAGGUGGUCAAGAAACUCUUGUAUGAGUGUGAUUCCGAAACCAUAUUGAAGUUGCA